GUCCGCUUCCGGUCAAGCGGACUCCGGAAGAGGGGGUCGCCGUUGCCCGGCUUGUGUUGCGCUGCUCCUCCGCGUCCCUCGUCAUGGGGAAGACGGACUUCUUGAGCCCCAAGGCCAUCGCCAACCGCAUCAAGUCGAAGGGGCUGCAGAAGCUGCGCUGGUAUUGCCAGAUGUGCCAGAAGCAGUGCCGGGACGAGAAUGGCUUUAAAUGUCACUGCAUGUCAGAAUCUCACCAGCGACAACUGCUCCUUGCAUCUGAAAACCCUCAGCAAUUCAUGGAUUACUUUUCAGAGGAAUUCCGGAAUGAUUUCCUAGAACUCCUCCGGAGAAGAUUUGGAACAAAGAGGGUCCAUAACAAUAUAGUAUAUAACGAAUAUAUUAGUCACCGGGAACACAUCCAUAUGAACGCUACCCAGUGGGAAACUCUGACGGAUUUUACGAAGUGGCUGGGGAGAGAAGGCCUCUGCAAAGUUGAUGAAACGCCCAAAGGCUGGUACAUCCAGUACAUUGACAGAGACCCUGAGACCAUCCGUAGGCAGCAGGAACAGGAGAAGAAGAAAAAACAGGAUUUGGAUGAUGAAGAAAAAACUGCCAAAUUCAUUGAACAGCAAGUCAGGAGGGGCCUGGAGGGAAAAGAUCAGGAAGGGCCAAUCUUCACAGAACUGAACAGAGAAAACGAUGAGGAGAAAGUGACCUUUAAUUUGAACAAAGGAGCAAGCACUUCAACUGCUGCAGCACAUUCCAAAGGCAGCUUGCUUGGCCCCAGCGUACUGAAGGCAGCAGGAGCAGUGCUCCCAGUUAAGCACAAAGAAAUUCCUCUGACUUCAAGGCAGACUAAGGAGAAGAAGAGAAAAUCUGCCCUUGAUGAGAUCAUGGAGCUUGAAGAGGAGAAGAAAAAGGCUGCCAGAACAGAGCACUGGUUACAGCCUGAGAUUGUGGUCAAAAUCAUAACCAAGAAACUUGGCGAGAAAUACUAUAAAAGAAAAGCCGUCGUUAAGGAGGUAAUUGACAAAUACACAGCAGUUGUAAAGUUGAUCGAUUCUGGAGAUAAACUGAAACUUGACCAGACGCAUCUCGAGACAGUGAUCCCAGCCCCAGGUAAAAAGGUGCUGGUUUUAAAUGGAGGUUACAGGGGAAAUGAAGCCACAUUACAGGGCAUCAGCGAGAAAACAUUUUCAGCAACAGUACUCAUUGAAUCUGGACCUCUGAAAGGACGUCAGGUGGAUGGUAUUCCAUAUGAAGACAUUUCCAAGUUGGCCUGAAUUGACCUGAUAGAAUCUGUGAUGAACCUCUCUUAGAUGGCUGCAGAUUAAGGACCCCAGCAUGCUAAACUCUAUGUAUCAGAGUUGAAGCGUCAACUUCAAAGAGCAAACAAGACUUCUGAAGGAUGCCCUAUAAUUGCAGUACAUUGGAUUCUAUAUUUAAGCCCUUUUUAUAUCAAC